AUGGAGCCAAACGAUGAUACGAAGAACAACAACCCGUGCCAUCAAGCCGCAGAAAUCAAGGACAAGGAGGAUACGCCCAAGGUCAGCCCCGUCCAAACGGCCGAAGAAGAGGAUGUCGACCUGGAGUGGUUCUACGACAUGGCCAACAUCUUCCCCUGGAUCCGCUACUGGAAAUACAAAGGGGAAGAGCCCGUCGACUCCGACGACGAGGAGGCCCAGCGCAAGCCGGACAAGAAAGAGCAGAAGGCGGCGGGCGCUAGCGAUCCAAAGCCAUCAACGUCAAAGUCCAGCGAAACGAACGGCAGGGCCAGGAAGCGCCAGCCCGCGCCAGAGUCUGACGGCUCCGAUUUGGAAACGCCACCAAGGAGAUCGAGGAAGCGAGCCGAGACGCCGGAUUGGGAGAUGCCGACGAAGUCGAAGAAGGCGAGGAACUCCAAUGGCUCCGAGGGCGAGCGAAGGCCCCGUGGACGACCCAGGAAGAAGGUGCCAAUCUGGCCAGUCGACGAGCCGGUCUCACAUUGCCAGGAUGAGCAGCACGACAUGCUCGAGCUUUUCACCCGGGACCACCAUUGCGAGACGUGCGGCGUCGAUUUGAAGGUGCGCGCUUCUGAAACGGGCCAGCGCCUCGUCAACCAUGCCAUCACCCACAUCGACGGCGACCACCACGACGGCGAGCAGUACGAAUUCAACGGCAGACUGGUGACGAUGCGCGACCCGAUGUUCUCGAGGGAGGUGAAGCGCGUGGCGGCCGCGUCAUUCCCGGCUUACAAGGAAGAUUGUGCCGACUACGUCAACGAGAAGCGGAAGCAGCCAAUCGAGGAGCAUCAGGCCGGCAACGAGAAUCAAGACAAACCACCCCACGAGAAUGACCAAGAAAUGAGCGCGGUCGUGAAGAAUGAAUGCCAGACGUGCAUGAAGAAAUUGGCGGUGCAACCCCAGGCCAGCCUCAACACGAUCAACUUGAUCAAACACUCGAUGGCCCAUCUCGACUAUCGCCCAUUCAAAUGCCCUCAUUGCCCAUCGUUGAACCGUUUGAAAGAGGAAGUCACCAGGCAUGUGCGUGCUCACCACUUUGCACGACGCCAUAUUGCUGUCGUGGAUUUUCGGACGGAGACCUACUUCGCGGAUCUGACCGCCACCGUCAUGGCCAAUUUCCCGCUUCAAGCCGACGAGCUGAUAGACCGGAUUACCGCCGACAAGGAGGAGUUGUUCAGCAACGGCACGCUCGAGCGCGACGAAACCAAGUUGCUGCUCACCGUCGCCAGCGAUAAGGAUGUUCUCGGUUUGGCGGCAGGACGCCCGCGUCGCACUCGCAUCCCGCCACCUCGCUUCGCUUCCGCUACUUCCGCCUCCACUUCUGCCACCAAGACGUUUCUGGAAACGGCUUGUGAUGAUCAGGGCCCACCAGAGAUAAUGACGGGUCGUCCAUCUCGUAUCCGCAAGCCUCCGCCACGUCUCGGUUUCGAUCAUAACAUGCCAAUGGACGACGAUGACAACAAUGAAAGUGAUUACGAGGAGGUGUGCAUUGCCAAGAAAACGCAACCACGGCCGGGGCAGAGGCGACCGAAAAACGUCGCCACGCUUCCUUCAAAUCAAGUGAAGUACCGUCCGAGGGUGCCGCCUCCGAGGCCAUUUGCCAAUCGUCGACUGACGCCGCCAUCCGAGAUCGAUCCGCUGGCGCUGCUGGCGAUCAUCUCCGAGUUGUUCAAGGCCGAUGUCCCUGCCGGGACCUACGAGGCCGCGGCCGCCGGUGGUCUAUAUAAGGACUUCUACCCGCGCCUUCACCGCUCGAGCGCCCGAUUCGAACAACCGGCCGACGACGGCGACAAGUUCGACGCGGUCAACAACAAUCUGAACCCAUUUUCCCUCCCCGAAAAU